UUCUACCGACGUGACGAGGAAAUACUUUCCCGAUGGCUACUCAAAUGCCGCUGACUAGUCUUACUGCUGUUCACGUCCUACUUGUUGUAUUUUGUAUUCUUAAAAGGUUGCUUAACAAAUGUGUUAGAGCAGGGACGAAUGGAAGUUGUCUAAAAUGAAUAAUUCUGUCGUUUUCUACACCAGUACGGGAAGCUCUUUAACCCAAAUGAUAUGCGUGAGUUCUCUGGGAGGCCACGUCCUCUGCGAGGACCAGUUCAGCUGCUCCAUCUGUCUGGAAGUGUUUGUGGAGCCUGUGUCCACGCCAUGCGGCCACAGCUUCUGCAAGGCCUGCCUGCAGGGCUACUGGAACCACAGCAAGAAGUUCCUAUGCCCCAUGUGCAAGAAAAGCUACACCAGAAAGCCCGAGAUGAGCGUCAACAGGGUCCUGGCGGAGAUCUCCUCUCAGUUCCAGGGUCUAGCGGUGGCCGGCGGGCCCGAGGGGCCCGGUGCCUCCUCGCGAGGGUCCUCGCUUAAUCUGAGCCUGGACCCGGGCUCCCCGCGCCCCGACGCUGGCGAGUUUGCGCGGGACCGGGACGUUCCCUGCGACGCUUGUAUCGGGAGGAAGUUGAAGGCCCACAAAUCGUGCGUCAACUGUCCCGGGUCCUUCUGUGAAACGCACCUGAGACAUCACAAAAAGGUGAAGUCUCUCACAUCUCAUCGCCUAAUCGAGCCCACGUUCCACCUGGAGGACAAGAUCUGUAAGAAGCACGAGCGUCUUCUAGAAGUUUACUGCCGCACCGACCACGCCUGCAUCUGCGCCGCCUGCGCGGAGACCGCGCACAAGUCGCACGAUGUGGUCUCCACCGACCACGAGUGGAAGAAGAAGAUGAGCAACCUGGGAAAGAAGCGAUCCGAGCUCAAGCACCUUAUUAAGGAGCGAGCCAAAAAGCUGGAGGAACUCAAGCAAUCCAUUAAGGUCAUCAAGACCAGCGCCCAGAAGGAGCUGGAGGAGAGCUGGCAGGUGUUUGCCGAACUGCAGCGCCUGGUGGAGCAAAGCCAGGCCGAGCUGGUGGAGAUCAUCACCACUAGGCAGCGCGAAGCCGAGCGCCACGCGCAAGAGCUGGCGCGAGCCCUGGAGAAUGAACUGAGUCAGCUGAGGAGGCGGAGCCAUGAGUUGGAUGCCCAGGCCCAGACCGAGGACAAAGUGGUCUUCUUGCAGCACUUGGCCGCCUUGCCCCCCCUGCCCGAGCCCACCGACUGGUCAGUGGUGAGCAUCAACACGGACCUCUACCUGGGGACCAUCCGCUCGUCGGUCAGCGGCCUCGUCGACAAGUUUCAGGAGGAGCUGAAGAGGCUCUACGGCAAAGAACUCCGCAAGGUGCAGAACUAUGCCAGUGAGGUCAUACUGGACCCGGCCACCGCCCAGAAGAACCUGGUGCUGUCUGACGACGGCCGCCAGGUGAGGUACGAGGAACGCAAGACAACUCAUUCCGAGGGCCCGAAACGUUUCACCCCGGCCCUCUUCAUCCUGGGUCGGGAGGCUCUGGGCUCGGGACGCCACUACUGGGAGGUGGACGUGGCCCGCAAGACGUCCUGGACUCUGGGCGUGGCCAACGCCUCGGCCCGACGCAAGGGUGAGAUCAAGCUGAGUCCCGCUGGCGGAUACUGGUGCUUGUGGCUGAAGAACGGCCAGGUGAAAGCGCUGGCCUCGUCCCGCCUUCCUCUCACGCUACCGUCCCAGCCGGCUAAAGUGGGGAUCUUCCUGGAUUACGAAGGCGGCCAGGUCUCCUUCUACGACCCCAAGGCCCGCUUGCACCUCUACACUUUUGUUCACGCCUUUAACGAAAGUCUGUACCCCAUCUUCAGCCCCUGCCUCAGCCAGGAGGGCAAGAACGCGUCCCCUCUUGCCAUCACACCUGUCAAGCACAGGGAGGGGGGAUAUAUUUUGGGUCGUAGGUUUGUGUGUGUGUGUGUGCGUUGGUUCCAGCUGGUCUCAUGUGUCAGUGCACGGCCGAGCCUCGAAGCAACUGGGAUGUCGUCCCCCGGGAACCUCUCGGAAGAGCAGGUCCACUGCUCGAUCUGCCUGGAUGUCUACACCAACCCCGUGUCCAUCCCGUGCGGGCACAACUUUUGCCAGGCUUGCAUCCUGGGAUACUGGAAGAGCAGCCCGCUCUACCAGUGUCCCAUGUGCAAGAAGUCCUUCUACAAGAGGCCGGACAUAAGCGUCAACACGGUCCUGAGAGAGAUUGCCGAGCAGUUCAAGGAGAUACGGCUGAAGAGUACGGUGGAGAAGGCUGCGAAGGGGAAUAGGUGGACCGUGGAAAGGCGCAAGGAAGAGGAUGAGGAGAGGCUUUUGGAGGACGACCGUGAAGAGGAGAUGAAGCCCAAGGAAGAGGACGUCAGCAGAAGUGAGACGAAGGUGAAACCUCCGGAGGAACCGCCUGCAUCGCCGCCUCCGGAGUCUCCAUCCUGGCAAGAGGUCCUCUGUGACGUUUGCCUCGGCGAAGGUCGUCCCAAAGCUGUCAAAUCAUGCCUCGUGUGUCUGACCUCAUACUGCGAGGAGCACCUGAGGUCGCACGCCACCAGGUUCACCAAACACAAGCUGAUGGAGCCCGUGGCCAACAUGGAGGACCGCAUGUGCCCCAAGCACCAGCGCCUCCUGGAGCUUUUCUGCAAGAAGGACCAGACGUGCGUGUGCGUCCUGUGCACGGAGACUGACCACCGGGCGCACUACACCGUCCCCGUGGAGCGGGAAUGGACUGAGAAAAGAGCGCAGCUAAAGAAGAUCCAAGUGGAUGUGCAACAGAUGAUCCAGGACAGAGUGAGGAAAGUAGAAGAAAUCAAACACUCUGUGGAGCUCAACAAAGCGAGUGCGAAGAGAGAGACGGAGGACAGCGUGCAGGUCUUCUCCGAGCUGAUCCGCUCCAUCCAGAGGACUCAGGCCGACGUGGUCGCGCUCAUCGAGGAGAAACGGAGGCACACGGAGAACCGAGCUCGGGAUCUGGUUACCGAACUGGAGCGGGAGAUCGAGGAGCUGACAAGGCGCCACACCAACCUGGAGAACAUGGAGAGAACCGACCACAUUCACUUCUUGAAGAACUUUCCAGCUAUGAGCGCCGCGCCGUCCGUCCACGACUGGACCGACACAAACGUACCCACUGAUGUCAGCGUCGGCUUGAUCAGGACAGCUGUGUCCAAACUUGAAGCCACUUUCAAUAAAAUGGUGGACAAGCUGGCGGAUGGAGAGAUCCAGAAGGUCCUCAAGUACACAGCGGACGUGACUUUGGACCCAGACACCGCCAACCCGUGGCUGCAGCUCUCCCAGGACAGACGGCAGGUGCGUCACCUGGGGGCGUGGCAGGACCUCCCGGACCACGCCGACCGCUUCGACACGGUGGUCAUCGUCCUGGGCAGAGAGGGCUUCACCUCCGGUAGACAUUACUGGGAGGUCCAGGUAGGCGAGAAAGACGACUGGUACCUGGGUGCGGCCAAGUCCUCCGUCAACAGGAAGGGACGCAUCUCUGUGAGCACUGCCCACGGCUACUGGGCACUCGCCAUGAAGAAGGGCCAAGGGUACCGCGUGUCCACCGUGCCGCCGCUCCCGUUGGCGCUCAACUCCAAACCAAAGAGGGUGGGAGUGUACGUGGACUACGAAGAGGGCCAGAUAUCCUUUUAUGACGUGAGGGCUCGCGCGCACCUUUACACUUUCAGUGACAGGUUGACUGAAAAGAUUCUGCCAUUUUUCUACUUAUACUGCUGCGACAAAGCCUCCGACACCGUUGUCAUCUGUCCUGUCGCUGAGAAGGCCCUGAUUCAGCAAAGCUAAAAUGAGCUCCACGACAGAGGUGACAAAAGUACUCGCACUAUGUACUUAAGUGGAAGCACUGACACAGUAAAACAGUACUUGGGUCAAUUCCAUAAAGUAAAAGUAAGAAAGCACAGACUCUGCAAUGCACGUCAGUACAAAUGUAAACAAUUAUGCCAUGAUAACUUCGCACCUCUGUUAUUCAUUUGCAAAGUACUCAUCGUGAGAAGAGCGAUUUUGUUCAGUUGUGAGUUGUUAUGGCUUUGUCUUCGGACACAAAAAUCAAAUACAUGAUUUGAAAACGCUCAAGUCAUUGUGUUAUUGUCUUGUUGCACACAUGCAGUGAUUAAAGGGGACAUCAAAAGUCUGCACCCCCCCCCUGUUCAAAUUUUCAGGUUUUUGUGAUGUAAAAAAACCAUGAGAGUUACCGCACAAGCUAUGAUCCACAAAAAGCUUCCAAAGCAAAAGUAUCAGUCAGGAAAAGGGUACAAAAGUAUUUCCAAGGCAUUAAAUGUCCAAUGGACUGCAACCACAUGAUCACAGUUUUCAGUUCCAAUGACUUCCUUCUCCAAAAAGAUUUCAUUACGUCUCAAUCAAGUUGUACAGGCUACUGAAAAGACGUGACCCAAAAAUGGAGAUGGAACGGAGUCAUGGCAUUUCAAUGGGGAAAAUGGUUUUGAUCUAGUUAUGAGCUUGGUCACAGAAGGUACCACUGUAUUGCCAUAAUCAAUAAACAACCAUAGAAAUUUGA